GGGCAAAAGAAAAACCAUCCAAGUAAGAGGUAGCUAAUAAAGCCUGAAAAGAGUGAGUGAAAAAUAAAGAAAAGAAGAGGAAAAAAAAAAAGAUUGACGAUCAACAUGGCUGCUAAAAGACCUGCCAAAGUUAUAACAUGGAGGGACCUGAUCGGAGAGAAAGACUGGGAAGGUCUUUUAAAGCCUCUGAAACCUCAACUGGGCCAAGAGCUCACUCGCUACUGCAAGUUGAUCGGAGUUAUCAUCGAAUCCUUCCAGGAGGAAGAGGAUUCGCCGCUGCUGGGGCUUCCACAACACAGCGAGAGCGAACUCCUCUCCCUUGCCGGCUUGUCGAAUGACUACACGGUGGAGAAGUAUUUGUUCGCUUCGACCUUGAACAUCAGGCCGGAAAAUGACGAUUCCUUACUUGGACCACAAUCUGGAUACUCGAAUUGGAUGGGUUAUGUAGCCGUAAACACCGAUAAAGGGAUGGCGAAAAUCGGUAGAAGAGAAAUUGUGAUUACUAUCAGAGGAACCAUUAAGCGCGAAGAGUGGUAUCCUAAAUUUUGCAUGCAAGAACUUGUUCCUGCUCAUGAUAUAUUCCCAAAAGAUAGGAAUGUUAAACCUAAGUUGCAGGAAGGUCGGUACGACUAUUAUGUCACCGCGGAUUCUCACGAGUCUGGCUACAAUCGUACAAGUUUCAGAGACCAGGUUCUAGAAGCGGUAAAAGGUUUGGUGGCCAAAUACCAAUCGGAGGAAAACCUGAGCAUCGUAGUGGCAGGGUUCAGCAUGGGAGGUGCAUUUGCGACGCUAAUCGCGACGGAUCUCGUCUACAACGGAUAUAACAGGAUCGACGGCCGGGCAAACGCUAUUCCUGUGACGGCAUUUGCUUUCGCCAACUCACCGGUUGGAAAUAAAGGUUUCUUAAAUGUGGCAUCUAAGCUUAACGAUCUUCACAUUUUGAACGUGAAACACGAAAGUGAUGUAAACCCAGAUAGUCCAACUCAGAAAGACGGUUACUUUCAUGUGGGGAAACAGUUGGUCAUUACAAUGGGUGUGCACAACUUGGACGUUUACAGGCAGGCCAUUGGACAAUCUCAACAAGCUGAGACUAGCGCCGCCCCUAUGUGCCCCGCACCCCCGAAACGAUUGAAGAUCAAUGGUGGUGAUGAUGAACAUAAUUAAUGAUCAUAUAUAUAUAUAUAUAUAUAUUAUGUAAUCUUAAUUAUUAAUAAGUACUUAAUUUUAUAUUAUGGUUUUGUAAUUUGUGAUAAUUCGAAUAAGCUGUGACUUGGCAUGGAAAUGAUAUGAUAUGCAAAUUAGCUACCUUGGAGAGUUAGCUAUAAUCACUCUCCCUCUA